CAUUAGACUCAUUCAGAAUCGAGUAUGGGUACUGCAAACCAUGUCAAUGCCGUAAGUCUGUUGUUUAUGCUAUUAUUUCCGUUACUGGUUCCCAAGUGUUCAUCAUUUACAUGGUUCCAUUAUGAUAUUGUGCGGGUGAAUGUAUGCAAUGAUAUAGAUGGUUCGUUGGAUAUGCAAUGCAGGUCUAAUGAUGACGAUCUACGUCAACGUACGCUCCAUAAAGGUACAGUUACUGUUUACAAAGGAAAUGGAUGGUACGACAAAUUCCAUAAAAAAUGCGCAAAUCAUUGUUGGUGGUCUAUUCGUCCAGAUGGAUUUUAUCUGCAGCGUGCUGAUAGGCAUGGUCAGUGGGAGAGAAGAGGUACUUGGCAUCAUCCGAUUGAUAAUAUCAUAUAAAUGUUUUUUGGUCAGUGGGAGAGAAGAGGUACUGUGCAAAUGGUUGAUUUUUGGUCAUUAAAUUUUCCGUUGAUGAGGUAACCUGCAAGUGCAGCCCAAAAAAAAUUAAUUUACAUAAGAAUCCCUCAACGGCAUCAAAGAUUAUACUUUUAAAAGGAAAAAGCUAUAUCAUAUGUCGACAUAAAAACAAGAUUAAUGUCUUCCACACCUGUGUGUUUAAUAUCUUUCAGACUUUCAUGUUUGUAUAUAUAUAUAAAAAGGGGUCAUAAGGCCUUGACAUAUAUAUACAACACAUUCGUCUUCAAAAAUGGGAACUGGGAACAAUGGCAAUAUGAGUCUGUUGUUUUUUAUUGAUUUCGGUUCCAAUUUCCAAAGGUUCAUUGAAAUAUUUCGAUCCUGUGACGGUGCAUGUAGAGAACAAUAUCGAAGGUGAGAGGAGUUAAGUUGGAUAUCCACUGCAGGUCAAGGGAUGAUGAUCUCGGUCAACGUACGCUUGGUCAAGGUGAGGAAUGGCAUUGGCAAUUUCGUGUUGUUCCAACUCGUACGUAUUUCUGGUGUGAUCUUCGUUGGUACGACAAAAAGGAUCAGCGUUGGUACUCAGGCAACUUUGAUGUUUACCAUGCAAGUGGAAUAAUAAACAAAUACGUAUGGUUGUGUGCGCUAAAUUGCGAGUGGUCUUAUCGUCGGGAUGGAGCUCAUCUUUAUCGUAUUCAUGAAAAGAAGUGGCAGAGAAGAGCUAUUUGGCAUUGAUUGAUAUUUUUCUCUUACUUGCUAGCUAAUAUUUAGUUAGUCUCAAUGAAUAAAAUAAAAAUUAUGAUUAUGGAUAUGAAAAUCGUUCCGUUUA